AUGCAGUCUUAUUUGCAGUAUCGUCGUCUGGGAACUGCGGUUCGGAAACAAUUGGCGGAUUUUCCCCAACAAGGUGCGAAUUCGGUGAAUAAGGCGGAGAAUGUGAUAAACGAGAACGGGAACAAGCAAACCGAGUCCACUCCGAGCGAUUCUGAUUCAAUCACUGAAGCUGAAAAUGCCAGUGCGUCGGAUCAGAUAAGGCAGGAUAGCGCUGCGUCGGAGGCUCUGGGGAAACGUCCGACCUGCAAUUCGGAGAAAACUGCAAUCGCACACACGCUUCCGGGCAUCGAGGUCCGUUCUCAUGUCGAUGAUUCCUCCGAUCGACCCAGUCGCGUCUUUGUCGUUGGUUGGGAUGGUGUCAAUGAUCCCCAACAUCCACGGAACUACAGUCUUGCCCGUCGUCUGACUGCAACGCUUAUCGUGUCUGCGUUGGGUUUUAUCGUCGGUGCAGCAUCAUCAAUCAACUCGGGCGUUCUACCACAGAACAACGCGGCCUUCGGUAUUAGCGAUGUUGUAGGCUCGCUGGUAGAUGGCCUUUAUCUACUAGGCUUUGCCUUCGGAUCCCUCUUCAGCGGUCCAUUAUCCGAAAUCUUAGGUCGCAAUCUAGUCUACAUCGGCUCGUUAACCCUCUUCAUGAUCUUCGUCAUGGGUUCCGCCCUCGCACCCAAUAUCGGCGCCCAACUCGCUUUCCGCUUCCUAUCCGGUAUAUUCGGUUGUCCACCACUUACCUGUGCAGGCGGUACGAUCGCCGAUCUAUUCAACCCGAUUGAGAAGACAAUUUACUUUCCCAUGUACGCUGUCCUCUCAUUCGGAGGUCCAGUUCUCGGCCCCGUCCUAGCAAACUAUGUCGGGCAAACGGGCGUUCUGUCCUGGCGCUGGAGUGGCUGGAUUAUCCUCAUCGGAUCAGGUUUAGUCAUGGUACUGAUUAUCCUAUUCCAACCCGAGACAUAUGCGCCAUUGCUUCUGCACUGGAAGGGGAAACAACUACGCAAGAUCACAGGUGAUAAACGAUUCCGUUCGGAAAUGGAUCUGCAAAAGCUUGCGCUUUUUAGCCGAAUUGGUGGGGCUAUGAAACGUCAAUUCCUCAUUACGAUUCAUGAGCCUAUCAUCCUGCUUAUCUCGCUCUAUAUGACUGUGUUGUAUAUUGUGCUCUUCACUUUCUUUGAUGGGUAUACUUAUAUUUUCACGGAUACAUAUGGUAUUUCGCAGGGUUUGACGAAUAUCAUCUGGGCUGCGAUGUAUGUCGGGAUCCUCCUGUGUGCGAUCCUUGUUCCGAUUAUCCACCGCAAGACGAAGAAGGAUUUCACUGCUGCUGCGAUGGCUGUGAAUGGGUCUGAUCCGGCUGUUAAUCCGCACGCUUUGGAUGGGGUACACACAGAACCGGAAAUCAGACUUUUCUUUGCUAUGUUCGGUGCGCCGCUUAUUCCUAUCUCGCUGUUCUGGAUGGGCUGGACGGAUUUCUCGUCUGUGUCCAUUUGGUCGCCUAUCAUUGCGUCAAGUUGCUUUGGUCUUGGCACGAUCUGUGUUUUCAUCAGUUCGUAUAUGUAUGUCAUCGAUUCUUAUGAUAUCUAUGCGGCUUCGGCGCUGGGUUUCAUGACUGUUUCGAGAUACUGUGCUGCUGGUGGAAUGACGGUUGUUGGAAUGCCGUUUUACAAGAAUAUGGGGGUUCAUUGGACUUUAACGAUUCUGGGGUGCAUCAGUGCUAUCAUGGUGCCUGUGCCUUAUGUUUUCUAUAAGUUUGGACCUGUCAUUCGGAGAUGGAGCAAGUAUGCUGUUACAAAUGAGGUCGAGGUUAGGGUUUGA